CCCCGUUGAGGCUCGCUUGAACAGUCAUGUGUGUGGUGAAAUUUUAACAGAGUAUGGCAUCAAGAAGGUUAACCAAUGUUCUGUUUUUACACAAUUCACGCUGCCUUUCCAUCUUCACAUCUCGCAUAUCACUUCCAAGAGUACCCAGGGACAUUUCAAGAUCGAUAUUUUGUCGAGCAAUGAAAGAUUCACCGAGUUUUUCGAAAGAGAAUUUGUCCGGUGCACCGAUUGCCAGUGUUUCGACCUACAAACCUCAUAACGAAAAUGGUGGACUCGGAGAGAUAUCUCCGACCGAAAUAGAGGAGGUGGAGACCAAAUGGAAGAGAAAGUUCUUAGGCACUAAAUAUUACGGUGAGGCUGUUUUUGUUCUUGGGCCUAUGGGAGCAGGAAAAACAACGAUUAUCGAGAACGAAAUCAAAUCGCAUGAAGUUUAUGCGAACUACGCAUAUGUUGACACUGACGAAAUUAUGGGAAUUCUAAAGGGAUUUUCUUCAGAUCGGGUCGAAGAAUAUUACCCAGUUGCUAGAGCGAUAGCUAUUCGACUCACUGAUUGGAUUUUGGACAGGAAAAUAAGUUUCGUGGCCGAGGGAACGUGCGUCAAAUAUGAGGAGCUCAUUGACUACAUGAACAGGUUGAAAACAGGAGGUUACGUUAUUCGAGUAAAAAGACUUCCCCAUAUACCGCUAGAAUUGGUGCUUGAGAGAGCAAAACACAGGAGAAAUCGACUAGUACCUGAACACGUUGUUCGCUCGAUAUAUACUGGUUCAAAUGAGGGAGUUAAAAUGUUGUAUGAGCACAAUAGAGAAGGGGUAUUGUUUGACGAUUUGGAUAUGUUGCAAGAACGACCAUCUAGAUCACCUACUAUGUCAAACACUGUUAUCAACACCUAAAGAGAUUCUCUAUCUACAAGUAGCUUCUGAAUAAACCAAAGGAGGCCUUUUUAGGAAGAAGAGAAAACUUUUAUGCUCAGUUGUAAUAAGUGGAGAAGAGCUUAGUAAGAUAAAAUUCGUUGGGGGAGGGGGUCCCAUUCAAAUUACUGUCACUUUCGACUCGUGGCCUUUCGGGCAAAAUAAAUUGUUUUCAAAAUAGCAAAGGCAAUGUAGGAGAAAAUCAUAUUUUUGAUUGGACAACAAAUACCUUCUUUUUUGGCAUGUCUAAAUAUUCGUGAAAAAAUUCUCAGCACCUUUCCCAUGUCUUUAAUUUUGCCAUCGUGGAGAAAAAUUGUGUUUGCGGGGAUCAAUUUCACGAAUUUGUUGAAGUGACUUUUUUUUAUAUACUGAAACAGGACCAAUAUAUUGAAUUAGAAAAGUUUUUUUGCUUCUAGUCAUCAUCAAUAGUUUCAUGACAUUUCCUUACUAGGAGAUGCCAAUAGAACCUUCAAUUUCUGUCAUCAAUUUUUCUUAUUUCUAUUAAAUCUCCUUAUAUAUAUAGGACUUUAUUUUUUGCUAGUCGUAAGUGCAAAAAUUAAGCAGAAUAAGGAAAUCAAUGCGUAAUCAAGUGUGUACACAAAUAAGUAAAGGAUUAAGUAACUGAAAACUUAUCUUGAAAUGUUUCAAAACUUGCUAUAGUUGCAUUAGAAGCACAUAUCAGACUUUCCAAAUGCAAAACAAACUUUGCAACUUGUUCCUACAAACUAUAACAAGAUAUGAAAGUUUGCUUGAAAUCAAACUGAUUUUAACUCAAUUGACUAUUCUGGCAUAUCCAGGCAUUAAAAAAUAUUUUGGAAUGACUCUUAGUUACUUAUUUGAAACAUUUCUCUUGACUAGGUUAUCAUGGAAACACCAUGUUUCAUUGUCUGUUUACAUGCUAAAGCACAUAAUUUUAUUAAUCUUUUGUAUAUAAGAAGAGGUUUGACUGGUUUGCAACACCCCAUGUUGUGCUAGUUUUAUAUGAGAAUGCUUAAGACAAUGCAUAGAGAAUGCUUAAGUAUUUGCUGAAUUUAUUCUGGAACUUUUUUUUGGGAAUCAGCUUCUUAUCCCUGAUUCACAGGGUUAGUGGGAAGUUCUAAAAAAACAUAUCAUGUUAGAUAUGAAUUAUGUUAUGUUCUCCAAAAUUACUGUCACCAUAAAUCACUUCUUUUAUUGUUACAAAUGGAGUUUGGUAAGUAAGCUAUUUAAAUUUUCAAAUAACUUAUUCAAAUCACAUAUUCGAUAAUUUAUUGAUAUUAUCUGUUUUAUAUUAUCUGCUGUGAAGUUAGACUUAUUGCUAAAAGGAACUAGUUUACUUUCUUCUAUAGUAUAGUUUGCUGUUUAUUUACCCUGGGUACUGGUACCCUCCAUACUUCUCCGAGUGACACUCAGCCAAAAUGCAGUGACAAGCGUCACUGGGCGAAGUCUGGAGGCUCUGGUACCAAGGGUACUGUUUAUUAUAUGUUAUUUAGAAUUCCUUUUUAUUGGACGUUUUUUUGAAAAUUUUCAGAGAUUUGUGUUUAUCAAUCUUUUAAUUUAUCAAUCUAUGUAUGUUGAUUUGUUCUCAUACUUUUUUUGAGGUCCAGUGUGCCAGAAGGCACAAGCGGUAAGAAGUAUUUUGCAUCCUUAACUACCCUGGUGACCAGAGCAUCUACCUUUGCUUGUUUACUUUUGCUUCUUGUUUUCCUGCUAGCAGAGGCCUCUUUUCUCUUUAUUUGAACUCCAGCCCAGCGAAAUACAGAGAAAGGAGGCCUCUGCUAGCAGGAAAGCUCCUUGUACCAUCAGAAAAAAAACUUUGAAGAUAGAGGCUUUCGUAGCCUGGUGAUCCUUAACACGUGAAAUAAUUUAUUUCAUCCUUGACAAAUAAACGAGGAUAAGACUGCAGGGAGGGCAUGUUACUGGGUUUGUGUAAGCAAACAAUCAAUGACACUUGUCAAAUAUGAUUGGAUUUAUUGUAAAUAUAUUUGUACAUAAUUUCUAAAUCACUUAAAGAGAAGUUGCUAAUAAAAGUAUGUGCAAUUCUA